ACCGGUCUUGCCGGUGCAGCCCAUGCAUGCGUGUACUGUUAAUGGGAGGUGACUGUAUUUUUCGCUGAGGAAAUAGCGAAAAAGCAUCAAUAUUUCAGGAUUGCGGCAAUCGAAUGACCACUGACUAGGAUCUAGGUCUGAUUUAGCCAGGUGCCUUAUUGAAGGCCCAGAUUACCAGUCAUGUUUGACGAGAACAAGAAAGUCUGGGUGCCAGACAUCGCCGAUGGAUUCCAACUUGGGCGCAUUGAGGACAUCGGGGCCGAGUCGAUCACGGUGGCGCCAAUCAACAAACCUGGCAAGCCUGUGGUCGCUCCAUAUGCUCGUGUUUUCCCGGCUGAGGAAGACGAAGAAAAAACAGUGGACGACAACUGUGCGUUGAUGUAUUUGAAUGAGGCGACCUUACUCAACAAUCUCCGACUGCGCUACAAGAGAGGCAAAAUCUACACGUACGUGGCCAACAUACUGAUUGCAGUCAACCCAUACAAAGAACUCCAAAACCUGUAUGACAACGAUACCAUCAGGCGCUACAACGGCAAAUCGCUGGGUGUGCUACCGCCGCAUGUGUUUGCUAUCGCGGACAAGGCCUUCCGUGACAUGAAAGUGACUAAACUCAGCCAGUCAAUCAUUGUGAGCGGAGAGUCUGGUGCCGGCAAGACAGAGUCAACCAAAUAUAUCCUGAGGUACCUGACAGAAAGCCAUGGGCAGGGAGCAGGCACCAUCGAGCAGCGCAUCGUGGAGGCCAAUCCCCUCCUAGAAGCCUUUGGUAACGCCAAGACCAUGCGAAACAACAACAGCAGUCGCUUCGGCAAGUUUGUGGAGAUGCACUUUGGGGAGAAGAAUGCUGUGGUGGGUGGCUACGUGUCUCAUUACCUUCUUGAGAAACCCCGCGUCAUCUGGCAGAACGGUGAAGAACGCAACUACCACAUCUUCUACUACCUGUGUGCUGGGGCACCAGACAAUGUACGCAAGGAACUCGGCAUAAAGACGCCUGAUGACUUUCAGUACCUUAAGAAUGGCAACACCCUGUUCUUCACUACCAAGGAAACGCACAAGAGCCUGCCUGACGACAGGAAGAGUAAAAUGUACAAGAAACACGGAGGCCUGUAUGACAUCGCGCUGGACGACUACAAAGGCUACGCGCGGGUUGAGGGCGCUAUGAAGAAAAUCGGCCUGGAGGACAAAGAGAAGUUAAAUAUCUUCCGCGUGGUUGCCGGGGUGAUGCAUCUUGGGAACGUCAGCUUUCAAACGUCGGACGGAACGCAAGGGGGAUGUUUUGUACCAGAGACGGCCGAGUCCGAAUUGACCAAGACCGCUGAGCUCUUCUCGGUUCCCGUCAAUGACCUACAGGAAUGCCUGACCAGCCGCAUUAUGCAGACUACCAAGGGAGGCCACAGGGGAACGCUCAUCAAGGUACCGCUGAACGUGGAGCAGGCGUGCAAUGCUCGGGACGCCCUCGCCAAGACGAUCUACUCGCACCUCUUUGAUCGCAUCGUCCAGCGAGUCAACGAGUGCUUCCCAUUCAAGUCCUCCGCGUCAUACAUCGGCGUGUUGGACAUUGCCGGCUUCGAGUUCUUCACUCUCAACAGCUACGAGCAGUUCUGUAUCAACUACUGCAACGAGAAACUCCAGCAGUUCUUCAACAAGCGUGUCCUCAAAGAGGAGCAAGAGUUGUAUCAGAAGGAAGGUCUGGGAGUCAACGCUGUGCAGUACGUGGACAACCAAGAUGCAAUCGAUCUGAUCGAGGGCAAACCGUCCGGUAUUCUGGAACUAUUGGAUGAAGAGAGUAAACUGCCCAGAGCCAGUCCCAACAACUUCACUCACACAGUGCAUCAGAAACACAAGAAUCACUUCCGACUGGAGAUACCAAGGAAGUCCAAGUUGACUAGUCAUCGUAAUCUACGAGACGACGAAGGCUUCCUCAUUCGGCACUUUGCCGGUGCCGUGUGCUACCAGACGAGUGAGUUUAUUGAGAAGAAUAACGACGCCCUCCAUUCCUCCUUGGAACAUCUGGUGCAAGAGAGCAAGGAGGAGUACGUCAAGAGUCUCUUCCCUGGACCCCCGGCUCUUCCCUUCAUCUCUAAGCUGGCCUUCGAGAGUAUUGGAAUGAAAUUCAAGACACAACUCAAUCUGUUAAUGGACAAACUGGAGAGCACCGGUUCUGCUUUCAUCCGUUGCAUCAAGCCCAACGGCAAGAUGGUGGAGGAUCUGUUCGAGGGAGGGCAGAUUCUCAGUCAGCUCCAGUGCUCAGGAAUGGUGACCGUAUUGGACCUGAUGCAGGGAGGCUUCCCAUCCCGUACACAGUUUUCCGAUCUCUAUGACAUGUACAAGAAGUACAUGCCUGCCGAACUGGUUCGUCUAGAUCCCCGACUCUUCUGCAAGGCCCUGUUCCACGCCCUGGGCCUCGACGACCGCGACUACAAAUUCGGCCUGACCAAAGUCUUCUUCCGUCCGGGCAAGUUUGCUGAGUUUGACAAGAUGAUGAAGGGCGAUCCGGACACCUUGCGGGAACUGAUCAAGAAGGUCCGUCGCUGGCUGAUCUGCACUCGCUGGAAGAAGGCGCAGUGGGGGACGCUGAUGGUCAUCAAACUGAAGAACAAGAUUCUGUACCGUCGAGCGUCCCUGGUCAAGAUGCAGAGCAUGGUUCGUAUGUUCCUGGCCGUCCGCAAGCAUCGCCCAAGAUACAGAGGUCUGAUGCAGGUCCGCAAACUGCAGAAGGAAUUCCUACAGAUGAACGAGAUCGCCAAGGGUGUUGAGGACGCAACCACCAGGAAGCACGCAGAGGAUGUCGGCAAGGAACUGGCUGCACUCGUCCACAAGAUUAAGACAAACACCAACCUGAAACGGCGGGAUAUCGAGGACGCCCACCUGAUCCUGGCGGAGAAAGUACGCCGUCAGAUCCAACUCCUGAUGCAGAAGAAAGCGGCCGAGGAGAAAGAGCGGGAACGCCUGCGCCGCAUCCAGGAGGAGAUGGAGCGAGAACGGAAACACCAGGAGGAGCUGGAACGCCGCCGCAAGGAGGAGGAGGCAGAGAGGGAGAGGAAACGUAGACUGGACGAGGAAGAACGAAAGAAGAAAGAAGAGAUGGAACGACGACGUAUUGAGGAGGAGGCCUCGCUGCAGAAGCGGCUUGAGAUGGAACGCAAGAAAUUGGAGGAGGAGAGACGCCAGUUUGAGUUGGACAAGAAGAAACAGGCUGAGGAGACGGCCAGACUGCAGGAACAACUUAGAAAACAAGCUCAGUUGGAGCAGGAGCGACGUGAUCAUGAGCUGGCGCUCCGCCUGGCUCAGGAGGCUGAGUCUCAAGUAGUGCCAGUUGAGGAACCAGUCAGAAUGGAUAUGGCAUCUGUGGUGAACGCUGCCAUGGUCGCGGCCGCACCCCAGCCCAAGUACGACUUGUCCAAAUGGAAGUAUGCCGAACUGCGAGACACUAUCAACACAUCCACAGAUGUUGAUUUGCUGGCUGCUUGUAAGGAAGAGUUCCACCGUCGUCUGAAGGUCUAUCACGCCUGGAAGAUGAAGAACAAGAAACAGACGGCGGUAAAGCAAGAGAGAGCUCCUGAAGCAGUCAUGCAGAACACCAUGCAAGCCCCUCUCAUCCCAGCCCCAUCUGCACCCCAGGUCACCAACAACGCCCAACGCUUCUUCCGCGUGGCGUUCGCCCGUCCCUCUCAGAACCCAGGGGUACGCGAGCGCAGUGUCUGGUACGCUCACUUCGACGGUCAGUGGAUCGCUAGACAGAUGGAGGUUCAUGCCGACAAGCCGACCAUUUUGUUGAUAGCGGGUAAGCACACAAAUAGCAUCUCUUUUACAUUUAUAAUUUUUAUUUUUUAAC